GAACGGAGCCAUUGCUUUGUUGACACCUCCACCAACGAUGGAACAGAUGAACCCGUUGGACUGCCGAAUUCACAGUGGCGGUGGUGGGAGGUGUCGCUUGGCUGGUACCACCGGCGCCUGCCUAACAAGGGUUUAUGUCAUCUUCAGCUGGAGGGGUCGGUGGGCGAGGGACAAAGGGCAGCAGUCUCUUUUUCCAGAAUCAGUUCUAAUUCGGCUGCCGAGGCGACAUGUUGAGACGGUGUGGGAUCCUGCUGCUGCUCUGUGGCCUGCUGACGCCCGGUUCUGGGCUGCGGUGCUACAGGUGCUCCGACUACUCGGGCCGCUGUGAGAACGUCCAGGAGUGCACGUAUGAAGACGCCUGCCUGUCACUGAGUGAACGAGGUGGCCGGACUGUGCGACAGUGUGUGCGAUACACAGAGUGCAACGUCUCCCGGCUGACUCAGAUGUUUCCAUUCAUCUCCGACUUCAUGUUCCGCUGCUGCAGCAGCAACCUCUGUAACAGCGGCCACACCCUGGCCAAGGCCACGCCCCUGCUGCCUCUGAUUGGCUCGCUGCUGGUUAUGCUUCUUUGCCGCUCCUGAGUCACCUAUAUGUGAAAGAAAGCUUCUGUAUUUAAGACCUCAUUCUUCACGUGUCAAGGGGGUAGCAAAAUAAAUCAAUAAAUCCUGA